GCGAUAUGGGCCAAAGCCAAAACACGUGCAGUCGAAAAAGUUGUUAUUAAUAUUUUGGAUUUCUCCAGUGGUUUUUGUGUUCCAAUUAUUCGAACUUGAAUCGCAUAAUUCAGUGGGAAAAAUGGGAACGGGUCAAGAAGUUCAUCGACCUGGAGGAUUUAAACAGUCCAACAAAGCUCACAAAACAGGAAGACAUCGUAGUAAAGGCUCCAUCAGCAGUGCACUAAAAGGUAAGGUGAGUGUCAAAACAUUAACAAAACGAUCAAAAAAACAACUGGGUAAGGAAGCCCGUCGCCAUCAGUGCCAGCAGCUGAGGGCCAAGAAAAGGGAGGAAGUGUUGGCUGCCAAGAGAAAUCUCGGUGGCUCCUGUGCUCCACCAAUUUUGAUCACAAUCAUUCCUCUUCAAGAGGAUUUUGACACCAACACUCUUAUCAGUACUCUCACAGAUGCCGACGAAACAGCUGAAGUGGCUCAGAGUCCCCAAGGGCUCACCCACAUCGCAGUCCCGAGAUUCAAACAACGUUUCUCCUUGAUGGUACCGCCCAUAGGAAAUACAUUCGCGACAUUAGAUGCGGCCAAAGUCUCCACGACUAUUCUAUUCGUUUCUUCAGUAGCUUUGGACGGGAGUGGUAAUCAAAAAUGUGAGACGAUUGACUCUUGGGGAGAGGAGAUAAUGGAGGCAUGUCUAGCUCAGGGUUUACCCACCACAAUCGUGGCAAUAACAGAUCUGGAAUCUAUUCCCAUUAAGAAAAGGCAAGAUGUGAAGCAAAGGGCUCAAGAAAUCAUUUCAAAAUGGCUCCCUGAUGAUAAAGUUCACCCCCUGGACAAACCAGUCGAUGCCCUGAAUCUUCUCCGAAAGGCAGGGGCUCAGAAACAGAGAACUGUAACGUACAGGAACCGAAGACCUCAUCUCAUAGCAGAAAAGGUCAAAUUCUCAUCUUCGGGAGAAGAUACGGGAACUCUGGAGAUCUCGGGGUAUCUGAGAGGUCGUCCAUUGUCGGUGAAUUCCCUGAUACAUAUUCCAGGUUUUGGAGACUUCCAAAUGUCUCAGAUCGAUGCCUCGGAUGAUCCUUAUGCUCUAGAGAAGUCCAGGAAGCACGAGGGAGACGCUAAGAUGGCAGAAACGAGGGUUUUGGAGGUGGCAGACCCUGCGAUACAGGAGUCCCUAGAGUCCCAGAAUAUUCCUGAUCUGAUGGAUGCAGAACAGACCUGGCCCACUGAGGAGGAACUUUCUCAAGCACUGGAAGAUCAGAAAAAACGGAAAAUUGUAAAGCGAGUGCCGAAGGGCACAUCAGAGUACCAAGCGGCGUGGAUUCCCGACGAGGACGGCGAGCCCGAUUCCGAUGUUGACUCUACCGGAUCAAACGACGAAAUGUCCAUAGCAGAAGCCGAAUCCGAUGAAGACGAGGAUCAACCUCUAAACGAGGAUGAAUUUGAAACAAUGACUGUGUCAGAGGCGCCUCCAGACCACCAGAAAUACGACGAGGAAAUGGAUUUCUACGAGGAGAAAACAGCAAUGCAAAAGCUCCGAGAAUCCAAAACAGACGCUCAGUUCCCCGAUGAGGUGGACACUCCACAGGAAACCCCCGCGCGCAUCAGAUUCCAGAAAUAUCGAGGACUCGAGUCCUUCAGAACGAGCCCCUGGGACCCCAAGGAGAAUCUCCCCUUCGACUACAGUAGAAUUUUCCAAUUCGAGAACUUCGACCGUACGAGAAAGAGAAUUCUGAAGGAAACUGGCGACUCCGAGGGUGCGCAACCUGGAUGGUACAUCACUCUGCACGUGAAGGACGUUCCCCGUGUACUUUUCGAUGCGUUCUGCACUUUGAAUGAUCGUCCACUGAUCGUCUUCGGUCUUCUACCAAAUGAGAUCAAAAUGUCACUGCUGAAUGUUGUCCUGAAGAGCGAAAUCAGUGACUCAGAACCCAUUAAAUCAAAGGAACCACUGAUAUUCCAGUGUGGAUUCAGGCGAUUCAGUGCUUGUCCUAUUUUUAGUCAACAUACGAAUGGAUCCAAGCACAAAUUCGUGAGGUUUCUGCAACCUGAGGACACGGUUGUGGCUAGCAUGUAUGCUCCGAUAAUAUUCCCCCCUUGUCCAGUGAUCUGUUACAAGGAGAUGAAGGACGGCAGGCUGGAGGUGGUUGGGAGGGGCAGUGUGCUCAAUGCUGAGCCCAAUCGAUUGGUCAUCAAGAGAGCUGUACUGUCCGGGCAUCCGUUCAAGGUGCACAAGAGAAGCGCUGUGGUCAGGUUUAUGUUCUUCGAGAGGGACGAUAUCAACUGGUUUAAACCUGUUGGACUGAGGACGAAGUACGGACGCAGGGGACACAUUAAGGAGCCUUUAGGAACUCAUGGCCACAUGAAAUGCGUUUUCGAUGGGCAACUUAAGUCGCAGGACACGAUUUUGUUGAAUUUAUAUAAGAGAGUCUUCCCAAAAUGGACCUAUGAGCCUUGCUUAAUUACGUCCGAGGCAACCAAUUAGCGGAGUAUGAUGGAAUAAAUUAUACACAUUGUUUAACACCUGGAAAUAACUGUAAAACUUGUAAAAUGUUAGAGUAACAUUAAAACUUAUUUCUAAGAAUGAAAAAACAAAAAA